AUGAAUUUGACGAGCGCGGAUGUGGAGAGGGAAAGGGCGUACGGGUUGGCAGAAACGCUGAAUGGUCAGCUGGACGAUGUCUCCAAGAACCUGGCUGCCAUGAUCGGCGAGUUGAAUAGCAGCGGCGCUAACGCGGCGAGGAGCGGUGGUGCGGAGGGCAAGGACGGUGUCGAUGCCUGGGCUGCCGAAGGUAGGGAUGGAAGCAUCGCUCAGAUCGUCGCUAUUCUCAACGCGCAUCUGGGCAGUCUGAAGUGGAUCGACCAGAGCGCGGGUGCGUUGAGGGGCAAGCUGGAAGGGUUGAGGAGGGGUCAAGUGUAA